GACCCUGUAUAGGAUUUAAAUGUGUGGGUGGGAAGGUUCUCCUCGCUCGUAAAUGCUCUUGGAAUUGGGAGAGUAGGCUUAUAAUGAGGUGGUUUCUCUUAAAUUGUGGAUAUCGCUUAAUUCCAGAGCUCCACACUUUUUCAAAUUUGGUAUUGUCCGCAAAUAUCCUUUGUCCGCAAAAAUUUGUCCGCAAUUUUAGAAAAGUGUACCCUUUAAUUUUGGGUGUAACCGAGCAUCGACGUCAACAACAACAAAAAUCGACAACCUCCUUCCAAACAGUACUCGAAAAACGCAGACAACAAGAACUCGAAAAGCGUUCCAGUAAACCUCCACCGACUGAACAAAUAAAUAAAGUUUCAACUCCUAAACGUAUUAUUAGGGUAUUUGUUUUUGUAUGUUACUUCUUUUAUUUAAGUUUUUUAUUAUUUUUUCUGGAAUUUUUUGGGUUCCCAAUUUUAUUAAAUCUUUAGUGGGACAAUUUUCGGUAUUUUUUGAUUUAUCUUGUUGGGAACUCAUUUUACACCAAAACGGAGUUCAUAUUCAUAAUCAGCCCCCUAUUUACCCUAGGAAAUGUUUUUAAAUAAUUUUUAAGUCUGAUUUUUGGAAUUUUUGGAAUUUUUUGGCUACCAGUUUUAUUAAAAUCUUAGGGGGGUGGGGUGUGAUUUCUGGGAAACUUUUAAUUUAUCUUUAUUUUACACCCAAAACGGAGUUUAUAUUCGUACUUAGCGCCCUUGUUUACCCUUGGAAACGUUCUUUAAUCAUUUUAAAGUUUGAUUUUUGGAGUGGUGAAAGGAAAAUUCUUUCUCUGAAAGGAAAAUUUUUUUUAUUUUUUUGAGGAAAUUCGAAGUUAUUCUUAAUUUGAGUUUGACUUUAUUUUUCUAUUAUUUUUCCAUUUAUUUUUUAAUUUUAUAUAAUUUUUAAGUGCGUCUGCGCCAACAUUGCCUCUGUUCUUCUCGUGUUGUCAAUUGCUUUCUUUGUAAAUUUUGCUGGGCAAGGUACUCUAUUUUCUUCAUUUGUCAGUUGCUUGG